CUGUUCAGUGAUGGCACGAUAAGCUGGGGACGAAUAACGAUUCUUUUCCUUUUCGGUUACAGAAUCGCCAUAUCGGUUCUCCGCACCGGCUUCAGUCAGAUGAUUGAGAAGUUCGUGGCGUGUCUGGUCGAAGUGAUCAUUCGUGAAAAGAUAACUACGUGGAUUGCACAACAGGGCGGAUGGGUUAGCGCUUCUGUUUAUAUCACUCAUUAUUUCUACCCGUGGUGGCUCAGUAGUUAG